AUGGCGGACGAAAGAGCUUCGAAAAAAACCACGCGAACAAAAAAUAGGCCUAGAAAAAUAGGAACGCUUUUCUUGUUGAAUCUUAUUUGUACUUUAAACACAGCCUUCGCUAACGGUAGACAGCAUUUACCUAAAUCUUGUAAAAAUAGUAAGACAAUUCUAGAGCACUUUAGAAACAAAACCAUCUGCUUGGAAAGAAAACUUGUAAACUUUGAAAGCUGGGAAUUUCACGAAACAAAUUUACUUUUAGAAUCUUUUCCAAUUGAAUUAGAGACACGAAACUACGUAAGGCAAGUUAGAAGGGCAGUGUUUUCAUUUGUUGAUCCGACUUCUUUAAGGACAAGACCUAGUAUUGUUGCAAUCUCCCAGGAUGUUUUUGAAAAUAUUUUGGACAUUGACUUCAAUUCUGUCGGACAGUCUGAUACGUUUUUGGACUUUGUGUCUGGUAAUAGACUGAUUAAUCAUUCAGUUCCUCUUGCUCAUCGCUAUGGUGGACACCAGUUUGGUGAGUGGUCUGGUCAGUUAGGAGAUGGAAGAGCUGUUCUUCUAGGGGAUUAUGUCAACAGCAAAGGUGAGAGGUGGGAAUUACAGCUUAAAGGGUCAGGAAAAACACCAUAUUCAAGACAUGGUGAUGGUAGGGCAGUACUAAGGUCAUCAAUCAGGGAAUUUCUUGCUAGUGAAGCCAUGCAUCAUCUUGGUAUUCCAACCAGCAGAGCUGCCAGCAUAGCUGUAAGCAAAGAUCCAGUCUGGAGGGACAUGUUCUAUGAUGGACAUCCCAAACAAGAAAAAGCUGCUGUAGUGCUUCGUCUUGCCAAGUCAUGGUUUAGGAUUGGGUCUCUGGAAAUUCUCACCAGACAUGAAGAAACAGAUUUAUUGAGGAAGGUUGUAGACUUCGUAAUUGACCAUCACUUUCCUGACAUCCAAGGUGAAGAUGAAGACAAGUAUCUUAAAUUGUAUUCCAAGGUGGUUACCAUGACAGCAGAGAUGAUUGUAAAGUGGCAGUCAGUUGGCUUUGCUCAUGGUGUGUGUAAUACGGAUAACUUUAGCUUACUGUCCAUUACGAUUGAUUAUGGACCGUUUGGAUUCCUAGAUGACUACAACUCAGAUUUUAUCCCGAACUCAUCUGACGACGAAGGGCGCUACAGUUUUCGUAAUCAGCCAAGUAUAGGGUUCUACAAUCUAGAAAAAUUACUAGAUGCGAUGUCACCCCUUCUAGAUGUGAAAAGAGGCCGCAAGAUUCUCCAAGGAUAUGCAGAGGUUUUCAAUAAUAGGUUUAAUGAUGCAUUUAGGAAAAAGCUUGGCUUGCAAGGAAAGAUAAAGAAUGAUGAUAUGUUGGUCAAGUCUCUACUUUGGAUGAUGGAAGUAACUCAUGCAGACUACACGAUGACCUUUAGAGAGCUCAGUAACCUCACAACACAGCAAAUAGAACGCAAUAACCUACCCGAGGAGGCAUGGGCACUAAGGCGCCUCGCAAAGCACCCAAACUGGUUUGACUGGCUUCAACGUUAUCGCGAACGCUUGGACAGAAAUUUUGCUGAUGACACAGAUGAAAAGCGAAUUCAGAGAAUGCAAUCUGUCAAUCCACGUUACGUAUUUCGUAACUGGAUGGCACAGUCAGCCAUCGACAAGGCAGACAAAGGAGACUACAGCGAGGUUCAAAAACUAUUGCGUAUCCUGGAAAAACCCUUUGAAAUACAGGCAGAAGCUGAAGCAGCUGGUUUUGCCUUACCCCCUCCCCCUUGGGCUUCUUCACUUCGUGUCAGUUGUUCUUCAUGAGGACUCUUGUUGCCUUAACAGCAAAAUGUCAUUGUCACUACCUCCUUAAAUAAAAAUACCAAGCAAAA